GUAGUGGACGGUGCACAGCACAGGCCACAGGGACGCUAUUCAAUCCAAAAUCCUAUCUUUGUCCCCUCUCUUCUUUCCUCUUUAGCUCCACUCUCCAAUUUCCAUUUUCAUUCUCUCUCUUGAAGGUCACCUCCAUUUCUCCUCCUCCGCAUUCAACUAUGGCUGAAGCCUGAGGACUAAUCCAUAAUCUCUCAUUUCUUUCAGCUUUCUUUCUGUCCUUUCGUUAAUCUCAAGAUGAGUUCAGUGAAUUUGGGUUCAUGGGUUCACACCUCCUACGUCUUAAACCAAGCUACCAGAUCUAGAUCCAAAUCCAAAUCCUUCUCUCUACCUUUCAGUCCUCUAAAAAGUUUAGCAAUUCCCUUUGCUUAUAGAAAAUCAGAGCGACCCAUUUCAUCUGUCUCUGCGAUUAUUACCAAGGAAGAAGAAACUCUUCAAGAAGAGCAGAAUAAUCCACCACCCUCUUUUGAUUUCAAAUCCUACAUGCUCCAAAAAGCCAAUUCCAUUAACCAAGCUUUGGAAGCUGCCAUUCCAAUCCAAGAACCCGCUAAAAUUCACGAGUCUAUGCGUUAUUCCCUCUUGGCCGGCGGCAAGAGGGUACGACCGGCCCUCUGCCUCGCUGCGUGUGAGCUUGUUGGUGGGAAUGACUCCAUGGCGAUGCCUGCUGCAUGCGCUGUGGAAAUGAUUCAUACUAUGUCUCUCAUCCAUGAUGACCUCCCUUGCAUGGAUAACGACGAUCUUCGCCGUGGCAAGCCCACCAAUCACAUCGUGUUUGGAGAGGACGUGGCGGUUCUCGCCGGUGACGCACUCCUAGCAUUUGCUUUUGAACACAUCGCUGUUUCUACUUUAAAUGUUUCUUCUGCUAGAAUUGUCCGGGCAGUUGGGGAAUUAGCGAAGGCGAUCGGGGCAGAAGGGUUAGUUGCUGGCCAAGUAGUUGAUAUAAAUUCUGAGGGCUCAUCUGAGGUGGAUUUAGAGAAGCUUGAAUUUAUUCACAUCCACAAGACCGCUAAGUUGUUGGAGGGGGCUGUGGUGCUAGGGGCUAUAUUGGGCGGAGGAACCGAUGAGGAAGUGGAGAAAUUGAGGAAAUAUGCUAGGGGUAUUGGGUUGUUGUUCCAGGUUGUUGACGAUAUUCUUGAUGUGACUAAAUCAUCCCAAGAAUUGGGGAAAACUGCGGGCAAGGACUUGGUGGCGGACAAGGUUACAUAUCCCAAGCUUUUGGGGAUUGAGAAGUCGAGGGAAUUUGCAGAGAAGCUGAAUAAGGAAGCUCAGGAGCAGCUGGCUGGAUUUGAUCCUGAAAAGGCAGCUCCAUUGAUUGCUUUGGCUAAUUACAUCGCUUACAGGCAAAACUAAUGCAUUGUUUUAUCAAUUGUUUGUUUUGUAUGUUCACAUGAAAAAUUUGGACUGCUCUAUAUAUAGCUUUAAAGAAGCUUAGCUCUGUAUCAAUUCUAGCAAAUACAAUUCAAUAGCAAUUUGUCUACUUAUUUUACAUCUCUUUGACUAUGCGCAAUUGCUGAUCUCGA